GGCUUCUACCCACACAAUGCUCUCGCUUGCAACAUUCACCAUUCACCGCACACCAUGACGGCACCUCAUCCAGCGGCCUUUUGCCUUGUGGGAGCCAGCCUGGGCUUGAGCCUGAAGCCCUGCGCCUGUGCUGUUGCUUCCGCUAGCCUCUUUGACGCCCCGGUGCCUGGUCUUGAUUUCUUGACGUGUUGAUCCUCGAAACAAAAUUGUGGACAUAGUCCUCAGCAGCGUCUACAACGUACCAACCGCUUGUUAUCCGAGUCCACUUCAUCAUCCACCUUGGUUCCACCAUCACCGGCUGCACUGUUCUCUUACUUGCUCGGCUGGCAGGCUCUGGUUCUCUCGCUGCCGUUCCCAGUCUCUGCCAUUCAGGUUCAGAUUUGUUCCGGCCGGGCCCUUGCAACCCUGUCCGCCCGUCCUGCUGUCUGUCACUGCCACUGCUACCACUGGCAACUACUGUCGCUUUUUCGCAAACCGUAUCUUUCUCCUCUUCAACAACCACCACCACCACCGCCGCUUUCACUCCGCCGGGCCUGCUACAAAGAUACCUUCACUCCAUUUACACUGCAAUACCCCUUCUCAGUAAUUGCAGCUGUAAUCACGUUGCAGCUCUGAUGGCCAGCUAGACACUCUCUGCCUCGCCGGCCGUGUCUCCCAUUCCGAACCUUGCCCGCUGGUUGCCAUAUCUCGCCUGAGCCUGGCUUAUCCUGUCGUUUCCGCUUGUAGCAGCCACGACUUGACGACCACAUCAGCUGUGCGCGCAUAGUCACCACGACGACGCUGCCUUUGCACAACAGGGUGCACACGACAACACCUCUUCACCAUUUUAGUGCGGUCUCAAGUUCACUUCACUUCAGCCACUCUGCAUCCCGAAAAUCAUCUCAACAUCAACAAGCCCUCAAUGCAAUAGCUGGCAGCUGGCCGAGCUCCCUUGCAUCACUCCUCGGCACAAUCGAGAAACGAGUUGGACAGGAUCAAAGGUUCAGAUGCAGAAAUAGUAGGAACAUCCAAUACCGGCCGCCGGCGGAUCGUUUGUCCUCUCAAGAUGCUCACAAUACCUUCUUAUCACACACAAUGGGCCAGCCUCUUGCUCGGGGUCCUCACCAUUUUGCUGUUGAGCUCAUCGGCUCAGGGAUUGGAUAUCUCCUAUUGCUCCUCUCAGAACACUGCGGGCUCUUACCCAGCAUACUACAGCAUCUACCAGUCUAACGGAGCGUGCGAAACUCACUGUCAAGGAUCAUAUGCCUUCGCUAUUCUCCAAGGGUACAAUUGCUGGUGUUCCAACUACGUUCCUGCAUCUCAAGAAGACACCGGCAGCUGCUCUCAAACGUGUCCUGGUUACCCUUCAGAUUUAUGUGGAUCGACUGAAAAUGAUACAUACGGCUAUUACCUCUUGAGCGGUGCAGUCCCCGCGGGAACAGCCGGUGCAUCGAGUUCUAAUACAGCGAACACCAAAACCAGGACCGCGACCGCGACCGCGACCGCGACCGCGACCGCGACCUCUUCUCAGUUGACUACUUCUAGCCCUACUUCUACUUCCUCAACAUCUUCCGACACUUCGACCACACCCUCUCCAACAUCGAGCCCGACUCCGACCGAAGUGUAUACCAGCGUUACGACCGUUACUGGUGAGGUCCGAACGGUUGUGAUCACCCCUCCAUCAUCCACAGACGCCACUCUGGGCCAGUCUUCCACCGGUGGAGGUGGUGUAAGCACCGGAAAAGUGGUUGGCAUCGUGCUAGGUGUUGCUCUUGGGAUCGGCGCCCUCAUCGGCAUUGGAGUGUGGCUGUGGUUCCGAAGACGACAUCAGAGGAUGCAGAUGCAAGCUGGACCAGACGCGACCUUCAUUCCUCGAACAGGAGAGACAUCCCCCUCAAACAACAUUCCUUCGCGCCAGGUUAGCCAAUUGUCAUCUUCGGGCCUCUUGGGCAAUAAAACUCCUCGUAUCAACACGUCGGGAAUGCCUCCGGGCAAUGAUCUGCGAAGCGCGGACACCACCGUAUCCGCCCCCUUCGAUCGGAGGAGUUUGGCGACGGACCAGAGAUUAAACCCAUACGCCUUGUACAUUCACGAUGAGAGCCGCCUUAGCAAUGUGUCUCUUCAAGAUAAUCAGGACUACUCUCGGCAAUUACGGGUCGCCAACCCAGACUGAACAUGUCCUGUCGGUUUAACCACAAAAUAUUCUUUAAUCUCUAAUGGUGCUCAGUGCAACGGGUCGUGUGACCGCAUUGCCUCUUCCGCAGAUGAUACAGUCGGCUGCCUUCGACUUUUCCGGAGCACCACCACUCGUUUAUGACAUUGGUCUCAGAAAUAAAGCUCGCACGAAAACUCGCGUCCUUUUUGACGUAAUGAUCUUACGAUGAGACGUCCUUUCUUUCCUCCACGCAACAGUUCAGAGUUGGUUCUUCACCUCGGCAUCAGGAGUUCCAGUGCGGAAAUUGUACAUUUAGCACCAGAUAACAAGGGGGCCAUCACCGGCGGUGUGGUGGCUGGCAUCGUUUUGGCAUGAAUUGGCGUUCGGUAUGUGUGGAAAAAGGAAAACCAGGCGAACUCGUCUGAACCUCGAUGAGCAUUGUCGUGACCUGCUGUGGUGUUCGUCUGCCAGGGGCUCUAAUGGCGAUAAUGGGAGACGGGAUUAUGAAAGUUGGCAAGUCACCUACUCAAGGACAUACCUGGUGUGGCGUGACCUGCCCAAAGUCCGCGCCCCUCGGACUGAAAAGCACAGUGAGACAAUGAUAUAGAUGAAGAAAAGAAGUCGUGGUUCAUUUCUUUUCGCAUGCCUGGCUGAAACAAAGCGGAAAGACGGCGGACAACAUCCAUGGAUUGUAUAAAGUAUACCUAGGUAGGCAUGAUAGUCGACUUGGUACCUGAUCGACAAGAUGCCCAAGGCAGACAGUGUUUGGCCACUGCAUCUCCACACGACCUGCACAUGCUACUAGUAAACUCAACAAGCACAGGCUGUGGUAGCCGUGAUGAUGGCGACCCGGAGGGCGUGACUUGACGUCUUUUGGGCUCUACAACAACAGGGAUACUGUACAGCAGCGCAGGGCGGGUCACCGUCAACGCGUCAGAUCCGGGCUGGCUUGACGGGUGCCCGGAAGCGCCCGUUUACGAACCAGUCCGAGUGAGAAUGUUCUGGUGGUAGAAGAAUACAUUAGUGGACUCUCCGGUCAAACGCCAAUGACCACCGC